AUGAGCCAGGGCCUCCAUCCUCCUUCAGGGGCUAAGCACAAGGCCAAAGGGGUGGACUUCCAGAUAAAGGAGACCCAGCCAGUUGUCAAAUACAGUUACAGGAAAUUGUUUGAAUUUAUGAACUUUUUGGCAGAGAACGUCAUCUUCUGUUACAUGGGCCUGGCACUGUUCACGUUCCAGAAUCAUAUCUUUAAUGCUUUUUUUAUACUUGGAGCCUUUCUAGCAAUUUUUGUUGCCAGAGCCUGCAACAUAUAUCCCCUCUCCUUCCUCCUGAAUCUAGGCCGAAAACAGAAGAUCCCCUGGAACUUUCAGCACAUGAUGAUGUUUUCAGGUUUGCGAGGAGCGAUCGCAUUUGCCUUAGCUAUUCGGAACACAGAAUCUCAGCCCAAACAAAUGAUGUUUACCACCACACUGCUCCUCGUGUUCUUCACUGUCUGGGUAUUUGGAGGAGGAACAACCCCCAUGCUGACUUGGCUUCAGAUCAGAGUUGGCGUGGACCUGGAUGAAAAUUUGAAGGAGGAUCCCUCCUCACAGCACCAGGAAGCAAAUAACUUGGAUAAAAACACGACGAAAGCAGAGAGUGCUCGGCUCUUCAGAAUGUGGUAUGGCUUCGACCACAAAUAUCUGAAACCAAUUUUAACCCACUCUGGUCCCCCGCUGACUACAACAUUACCUGAAUGGUGUGGUCCAAUUUCCAGGCUGCUUACCAGUCCUCAAGCCUAUGGGGAACAGCUAAAAGAUGAUGAUGUGGAAUGCAUUGUAAACCAGGAUGAACUAGCCAUACAUUACCAGGAGCAAGCCUCCUCACCCUGCAGUCCUCCUGCAAGGCUAGGUCUGGACCAGAAAGCUUCACCCCAGACACCAGGCAAGGAAAACAUUUAUGAGGGAGACCUUGGCCUGGGAGGCUAUGAACUCAAGCUUGAGCAAACUUCGGGUCAAUCCCAGUUGAAUUAAUUGGCACGAAGAGUACAGAUGUAAUCACAAGUAAUGCAAGGCUCACUGAGGAAUACAAGCCAAGCUGAUGAGGCAGUAUAGGGGAGAGGCUGGAAAAUGUAUUAAGAGCAUAAAUUGGAGAGAAUCAAAGCCUUGUCACGUGGAUCCUCUGGUGCCUGAAGAAAUGAGAAUUUAUUAUCCCUCUCUAUUAUGCAAAUGAAUUUAGUUUUUUGACAGCAGCCAUUUUGAUUACUGGAUUGACUGGGGUGGGGAUGGGGGUAUCAGGAGUCUAGCUGCUGGAGGCUGGGACAGCUGUGCUGGGUCUUCAGGGCAUUUCUGCUGCAUGUGCAGCUCUCCAGGCCCUUCACUUCUAUUCUGGAUUUUAUUCCCUCCACUAGGGAGAGUUUAAAAAUAAGAAAAGAAAGCUUCUGAGAGUAAACAUUUGGCUCCUAAGCUGAAGGGAAUGUACAGCUAUUUAGUAAGUGAUAAGUUUCUUAUUUUGAGGACUUGACUCCCAUUUGCUUUCAGUGACCCCAGGGCAGAGCCCAGAGAAGUGUUCCGUACCCACUGCUGAUGGCUUCCCAGAGUCCAUGCUGAGUUGAAGAACCUAUUGUUCUUGUUGGCAUCCUUCCUAUGCUACUUCUCCCAUCGCUCAAAGGGGUUGCCUAUGGCCGGGUAUGCUCUGCACUAAAUGCAGCACCACUUUCAAGCUUGGUAGGACCAUUCCAAGAAAAGCAGGUUUCUUCUCCCCAUACCACAUUGUGCCUGAAGAACAAGGCUUCCCGUCCUUGCCUGCAUGUGAGUCACUUCUUGGCUGUGCAGCAGGUCCCCCUGUCUCCGUAUGCUGGAAGGUAGGAUUCUGCAGCCCAUGUUGCUCUCCACCUGGCAGCAGACUGUGCAGGAGCCCCAACCUGUCCUCCAAUUCCAGCAUUCACAGCUGAUGAGCAGUGUAAGAGCAGGGCGACAGGAACGGAGCCAAUGAUGUGUGGGUUACACUGAGGAGCCAAAGACAGGCCCUUAGGACUCCCCCUUACAAGGCAUGGCUCAUGGCCUACAUUCCAGAGACCAACAAGAUAGCUUUUAAUUCAACUGCAUGACCUGUGCCUUUUAAGCCAUAAAGAUACCUCAAGUCUAGCGCCUCUUGAAAUCCAGAUGUUCAUAUUACACUCCAAAAAAUAGACUCCAGGCCUAGGUGCCCAGGCUAUGAUGAGUCUGCUUUUGAAGGAGGUAGGGAAUGACAUCUUCCUUGGACCCAAAGCUUAAAAGUAAUGUAUGCUUUGCUGACCACUGUUAGGCCUUAAACAUUCACUGUGGUGGUAUCAGGCACACUGCUAUGUGCAUCGGUUUUUUGUUGUUGUUGUUGUUGUUGUUGUUGUUUUGCUUUCCAAACAGAAUCUCUGGGGCACAAGUUGUUUUAUACUCAAGCUAAGUAUAAUUUUGUCAUUUCAGGUAAAUAUGAUAAGUGAUGGAACAUGAAGUUUUCUAAUUUGACUUAAUCCUAAUAAAUUUUUGUUAUAAAGUA